CUUACGCUUCAGCGUAAGGCAAUGAGGUACUUUUGCGGCUGCGCACACUCUCGUCUUCGGUGGCGAUCGACGUUUGCGACUCAGAUAGCUUUGGUCUGCGCUUUGUGACCGACCAUUCUGGUGACUUGAUCAAAUUGAGCGACACUCCAAAACGUAUUGACCUGAGACUUAAAUAUUGAAACGUCUACAUGGCCGUCAGAAGAGGACACAUAAGGUAUUUAAAAGUUUGUGAGGUUCAGUGCCAGGGUAAUGAAACAGACAAGGGUGCCAGCACAGUAACGGAGGUAUAUGACAUGCCGAACGGCUACGAGGACCACAUGGGCGAUGAGCCGAGUGAUGCAAAAACCAACCUGAUCGUCAAUUAUCUGCCUCAGAGCAUGAGUCAAGAGGAACUUCGAAGUCUGUUUAGCAGCAUUGGUGAGGUGGAGUCAGCCAAACUCAUCAGGGACAAAAUGGCAGGCCACAGUUUAGGGUACGGAUUUGUUAACUAUGUUAACCCUAGUGAUGCAGAAAGGGCAAUCAAUACACUCAAUGGCCUGAGACUACAAUCUAAAACUAUCAAGGUCUCAUAUGCUCGACCAAGCUCUGACAGCAUUAAAGAUGCCAAUCUGUACAUCAGUGGUUUGCCCAAGACCAUGACACAGAAGGAUGUAGAGGACAUGUUUGCCUGCUACGGGCGCAUCAUAAACUCACGUGUGCUGGUCGAUCAGGCCUCAGGCCUGUCACGUGGUGUUGCUUUCAUUCGGUUUGAUAAGAGGUCAGAAGCAGAGGAAGCCAUCAAAGAUCUCAAUGGCUCCAAACCACCUGGUGCCUCUGAACCCAUCACAGUGAAGUUUGCUGCCAGCCCAAACCAGCCCAAGAAUUCCCAGCUGCUCUCUCAGCUGUACCAUACUCAAUCCCGUCGGUUCGGAGGACCUGUUCACCACCAAGCACAGCGCUUCAGGUUUUCACCUAUGAGUGUUGACCACAUGAGCAGUGUCUCUAGUAUGAAUGUGGCUGGUAGCUCUUCCUCUGGCUGGUGUAUCUUUGUCUAUAAUUUAGGUCAAGAUACAGAUGAAGGCAUGCUUUGGCAGAUGUUUGGUCCCUUUGGUGCCGUCACCAAUGUCAAGAUCAUCCGUGACUUCAAUAGCAACAAGUGCAAAGGGUUUGGUUUUGUUACCAUGUCAAAUUACGAGGAGGCAGCAAUGGCCAUCGCUAGCCUCAACGGAUACCGCCUGGGGGACAAAGUCCUACAAGUGUCGUUUAAAUCCAGCAAGUCUCAUAAGUAAAGCAAAUAAGUGGGUUUUUUUAGUUGUAGUUUAAAGUUCAUUGAGGUUUGUUCUAAAAUUCAGUUCUUGUUGACUGUUGUUGAGGGUGAAUAAGUGUGCUAGUGUUAUACUCUGGAGUUGAGCAAAACUGUAAACAUGUAAAAAUAUUUGUAAGGUGAUGAGAUAUCCCUGAUUAUUGUUUUUCCUGGUAUUGUGAAAUCCUGGACAAUUUAGUGUCACACAUCCAACACCGUUAUAAUGCCUUAAAUAUCAUUGCAUUUUUGCCCUUUUUCUUCCAACCUCUCUUCUGUUAAUUACACUGGACUCAUUGAUCACUUUUGAUUUUCUGAAGGAGUGUCAAUGCAAACCACACAUCUCCAUCUCUUCUAGACCUUUGUAAAUAGUGACAACCACCUAUCUAAUACUCGACCUAACCCAUUUGUGAGGUGAAGAGAAGUUUGCAGGACCAAAGAACACGAGUGUAAAGUAUUGUCACAUAUAUGAUGUCAUUAAAUUAAUACUUAUUUUUGUUGACUUUUUUCAAUUUCAGACAAUUUCUUUUAAUAUUUUGUGUAGACAUUCAAAUGUUUUUCAUUUAACAGUGUCUUCAUUUUCCACGAUUGGUUGAUUUUGUUUGUAAGGUUUGUUUGAAAGGAGCAUUUUUAUUUUUUUAAUUUAAUUGUUUUAUAUUUAUGUGCAGCAUCGAAUGAAAUGUGCACCCCCACUCAAGUUUUACAACGUUUUUCUCUAAAUGGAGUCUGUCUGAUACAAGGUUGUAGGCACAUGGCUGCAGUAUUAAAGGAUGCAUUUGCAGCAUAAAUAUUAAUGCGUUUUUAGUGUAAUGCUUUUACUGUUGAUGUACCAUGCAAACCCCAAAUGAAGCUUUUACAUUGUGAAAUUUGGAUUUGCUUUUUGCAGAUUUGUCAGAAGUCAUAAGGGCAAUGCAUAGGAGAACAAAUGUAUUUCAAUGUACCAAGUUCUCACACAGUACUUUCAUAUAAUGCAUUGCAGUCCUGCAUAUGCCUGUGUGCAUGUUUAGAUCUGUUGAUAGGUUUGGCAACAGUUUAGUUGUACAAUGUACUUCUGGUCUAUUGAUAGUGACCGAAAGUCCUAUUGCAUGUAUUUCCUUCUAAUAAAUGCCAAUGUUUUGUUGUAAAAUUGUAUGGUUUUGUUUUAAUGUUUCUAAAUGAUUCUUGAGAGUAAAAUAUUUCAAAUAAGCUGAAUUUUCAUUUCAUGACUUUUAGAAUGAAUCAUGCAUUGAUUUUCUGAUUUUCUC